GUGAUCUACAGUCGUAAAGGUCUUGACGGGAGAGAGACAGCGGGGAUCGAUAACAAGCCACACUGCGAACUGAUGCGUGCAGAAAAAGACAGACGCCUGACUCCUUGGCUCUUCUAAGCGCACGAACGGCUCGAGACAACCGCGGCGAUGGACAGAAAAAGUGUACCUGUCAAGCACAUUCUCAACAAGCCCCAACUGGUCCGUGGUCUGGGCAGCAACCACCACACAGAUGUUACUUCCAGUCACUCCCGCGCCGGACGAUUGCUCUCGACCAAAGUGCAGCCCAGCAGGCACAAGCAUCUCUACAACACCAACCAUCAAGUCAGGGCCAAACCUGAUUUAAACACAACACUACCAGUGCGACAGACAGCAUCCAUCUUCAAACAGCCAGUGACCAAGGUAACAAAUCAUCCCAACAACAAAGUAAAGACAGACCCGCAGAAGGCUGUGGACCAACCAAAACAACUGUUCUGGGAGAAGAAGUUGAGUGGCUUAAACGCGUUUGAUAUUGCAGAGGAGCUGGUAAAAACUAUGGAACUUCCUAAAGGCCUACAAGGUGUUGGGCCCUCCUGCUCUGAUAAAACAUUGCUUUCUGCGAUUGCCAGUGCUUUGCACACCAGCCCUUCACCUGUCACUGGACAGGUCACCACUGCUGUGGAAAAAAAUCCUGGCGUCUGGCUGAACACAUCACAGCCUCUUUGCAAAGCCUUCGUAGUGACAGAUGACGACAUCAGGAAACAGGAGGACUUGGUGCAGAAUGUGAGGAGGCGGCUUGAGGAAGCCCUUAUGGCUGAUAUGUUGGCUCAUAUAGAGGACACGGCUGCAGAAGCUGCAACGACUAAAGUAGAAGAAAAGGUUGAGAAGGUGGACGGGGAGAAAUUAUAGCCAAGGUCUGUUUGACAAGUUUGCUGUAAACUGGUUUUCUUUAUGUUCUAGUAAUUGGCUCCUUGAAGAUUUUUAUACAUUUUGAACUGAAAUAGACCCUAAAUGCAGACAUUCUGCAGAUUUUGUUAACCUAAAUAAAGUUUUUUUUCCUUAAUACACGACAGUGUUUUACUAAAUGGUUUGAUUUUCUGUUCAUUUGCACGUCUGCUAAUGAAUGGCAGUCAUGUAUGGUGCUCUGUGCAGUGUCAACAGCCGGUCAAGCUCAAAGUAAAAGACACAAACCUGAUGUAUUUGAAGUUGUUGUUGUAUCUAUAAGUUCAUGCUGAGAAGCUCUUGACUCUUUACUGUUCUCUCCAAACAUGUUACUCUUUUCAUAUUUUACUCUGCACUGUUUGUAAUGUGUUCUAGUAUAGAAAGGUUGCAUGAUGUUUACAUGCACACACCAUUCGUGUUGCUUUUUAUGAUCACAGGUUUCCUGCUUCAUACUGUUGGUUUACAUAGUUUUAAAUUUAAGUCAUGUUAUAUUUGACAAAAUCACAUUUUUCCAGCUACAUUUUAGUUGAAACGGGUCUGUACCCUCAAAUACAAGAAAUAAAACGCUGAUGUUACCUCACAACCACAUGUACUGUAUGAGAUUCCUUUUUUGUCUCUAACACUGUCACAAAUAAAUGCAGCUUUUUUAUGAUUUA